CAGGCUUUGCAUUUGAACUCCUAUGACUGGUUGCGGACUUGAAGGGAACGCCUUCCUGACAUCCAGUUGUAUUGGACAGAGGCAGUAGAGAUCUACUGGAAACGUUGGAGAGGGAGGAGAUGAUAUGCAGCAAAAGGCCCAGCCGGAUGGUUGCUGCUCCGUGUGGAACGUGUUCUAUCAGGUGUAACAUCUACCAAUGGUUGUACAUGACAGCGACCUCCUCCGCCUCUUUGCUGUCUUACUAGUCAAUCCUUCUGAUCAGGUCCUUUCCUAAAUAGUGAAAGGAUCAUGCCAGCCCACAUCAAACACCUGAUCAAGAACUUGUGAACCUCACUGCUGCGGACACCUGUGUGAUAUUCCACUCUGACUGGAACCCUCAAAAUGACCUGCAGGCUCAAGCUCGGUGUCAUCGUUUUGGCCAGUCUAAGGCGGUGAAGGUGUACCGUCUGAUCACUAGAAACUAUGAGAGGGAAAUGCUGGAUAAAGCUAGUCUGAAGCUCGGGCUGGACCGUGCCGUCCUGCAGAGCAUGAGUGACAACAACAACGGGCCGGUGCAGCAGUUCUCCAAGAAGGAGAUCGAGGACCUGCUGAGGAAAGGAGCCUACGCCGCCAUCAUGGACGAGAACGACAAAGGCAAUCGCUUCUGCGAGGAGGACAUCGACCAGAUCCUGCAGCGAAGAGCCACCAUCAUCACCAUCACCAGGUAUCGAGGGUUUGCUUCAAGCAGUGGCUGUACGAGAAAGACGUGGAGGACCAAGAAAUGCUGGCCAGAUUUGCAAAGACCGGAAGAUACAUAGCCUAACAGAGAAGAUAAUGGAUAUUAACAAGAAAAAGAAAAAAAAUGUUUAUAAUUUCUUUGUUGCUGUUUACAUUUUGAAUUAUAUUUGUUAUUUUUAAAUCAAAUGCAUCUAUUUUAAAUGAUAUAUUUAUUUAGAUGUAGGUUU